AGAAUAAUCAAUGGUUUACAAUCCAGAAGGUCUUUCGGUUUUUGCGCUUUAUGAGAUUUUUCGUUUGUGCAUUGUCCUGUUUAAAAGCCUACAAUAAAUAAUUGAUUCGAAACGUAAAAUUAUUUAAUUUUGGAAUAAAAUUAAUCAGAAAAACAUUAAAAGAAUAACAAAAACGAAAACUUUAUUUCGUAAACUUGAGUGACGCCGGCCACCUUAAGCCUCGGAGUCUUAAAGUCUCGAAAGGCCCACAGACAUACGUGCGAUAAAGGUUGAAAGUCCGUUCGUUAUAGUUUCUAGUGCAGUACAUAACAGUUUGCGGUUUACCGGUAUUUCUUAGUUUGUGUUGUGUUCGAGUUGAAAGUUUAAAACGUAAAACAAAAAGUUCGGGGCAAGAAAUCUUGAAAAUUAACAGUAUGUCUUGUAAAUGUGAAAAAAGUUCAGUUUAAGUAUAAAGUACAAAAGUUAUUAGUAAAAAAGUUAUCAACGUGAUAUAAAAAGUAUGUUCGACACGGUAUGGAUUGCUCGCGUUGUGCCUUCAAGAGCAAGUACUGCACAGGCUCUUAUUGAUACAGGUUAGAAUAAUUCAUCAUGUCAGACUCUGGUUCAGAAAGUUCCUCUUCGGAGGGUUAUGAUGGAAGGAGAGAUCGUGUUACACCUGCUGACAAUGUGGCAUCACCAAACUUUUCACAUCAUUCAUCUAUGUCUGGACAUAAAUCUAGAGCAAGUUCCAUUUCUUCAAGAGAAAAAUCACCUGAAUCUGUUUUAUCAGAAAGAGACUCAAAAUCUCCAAGAUAUACACCAAUAUCUCCAAAAUCUCAAAGAUCUGGAUUAGUAUCUCCUAGUGAAGUGGGUUCUCCAAGAUCAACUCGUAGUUUAUCAAAAUCGCCACCUACUUCACCAAAAUCGUAUCAUUCAGGAAAUAAUUCUUUGGAUUCCCCAAGAAGUGAUCAGAGUUUAUCUCAUUCUCCUAUACAAGAUGAAAGAUCAUGCCCAUCUACUCCUCUUGAUUCUAAAUCUCUACAUCUUGAUGAUACAGAACCUAAACAAUUUGAAUUGGAAGUAGAUGCACAAAGAUCUGGAGAUAAUUCUCUUAAAUCAUAUUCUUAUAAAAAUAGUGAAUCAAGACAAAGUUCACCAAAAUCUCCGAGAUCUGGACAUAGUUCAGCAAAAUCAUUAAUGUCUGGAAGAAGUUCUCCAAAAUCAGGUCCAGCAUCUCCUAUGGAUGAUCAAGAAUCAGAAAAACAUUCACCACCUCAUUCCCCACCAACAAAAACUUCAUUUAAUGAAUUGGAUGGAGAACAAAUUUCUGAUGGAGAUAUUGAAGAUGAACCUGAAUCAAUAACUAAAUCGAAACCUACACCGAUUACACAUGGUGAAGAUUUAUCAGAUGUUUCUGAUUUAGAAAGUAUAGAUGGAGUUGAUGGUACUGAACAUGAAUCAAUGCUCAAAGAAAACCAACAAUGUGAAGAAAAACAUUUAAUUACUGAAAAAAUAGAAAAAGAAGAUAAACAUGCACCUGUUGGAUUAACAGAAGAAAGCGAACAGUUAGAUUUUGAAGCUGAUGGUCAAUGGAAAGACGAACGAGAUGAAGGUGAAGCAGAAGGACCUAUUAUUAAAGAAAAUAAAGAUAAAGAUGAAAAAGAUGGAAAAGAUAAGGAUAAAGAUAAAAUGAAAUUAAAAGAUAGUGAUAUAAAUGAUAAAGAAGAAGGAGAAGAAGAUGGAGAAAAAGUAGAAUCUGAAUUAGAAGAAGGGGAACUUAGCGAUGGUGAUGAUGCUCGACCAGAAGAAACAGAACCAAGACCUGUUUGUCGUUUUUAUAACCGAGGUCAAUGUACAUGGGGAGUUAGUUGUAGAUUUUUACAUCCAGGUGUAACUGAUAAGGGUAAUUAUACCAUGUUUGAUAUGGUAAGGCCAAUGGCAUAUCCACCACAUACAGUGGCUGCUCCACAUGAAUUUAGACCACAUAUUGAUAGACCAAAUAUAGUAAGACCAUUACCUGGAUAUGGAGCACCACCACAUACACCAAAAAUAGAAGAUCUUCCUACAGAAUCUGCAUGGGAACGUGGAUUACGACAUGCUAAAGAAAUGAUGCGUAAAGCAAAUAAACGUAAAGAAUCAGAUAUGGACUUUGAGGAAAAGAAAAUGAAUUUAAGCUUAGGACAAGAUGAAUUAGAUAGAGAAGCAGGAUAUUAUGUAAGAGCAGCUAGUCCAGAACCACCUGUUGAAAGGUGGCCACCUAGAGAAGCACCUAGAAGAAUACCACCACCAAGACUUACACCAGAAAGAUAUAUCGACGAUCCUGAUCCUUAUUAUGCACCACCUGCAGCUCCUCCAGAAUAUUACAGGAGAGUACAUUAUAAAACAGAUUCUCGAGUUACUACUGAAUAUAGAGAACGUAUAGAUUAUCAUGCAAUACCUCGUGGAACACCUCACUCUGUUUCUCCACCACCACAUACUAGAGAAAGAGAAAGAGAAAGAGAGCGCGAACGUGAUAGAGAACGAGAAUAUUAUGAAAAAUAUGAGAAGAAACAUAAACGUCCAUCAAGGGAGGUUAUUGUAGAACGUAUUCCUCCAACAAAACCUUGGCGAGAAGAAGAACCACCACCAGAGGAAAGGAGUAGAGGAGACGAAUGGGCAGAUCCCUGGAUGCGCCGGAAGUCUCCAAGUACAGUACGUCGAAAUACAUCAUCUCGACGAUCACGAAGACAGUCAUACUCUUCAGGCUCUUCAUAUUCGUCAACAAGUUCUAGCCGUAGCUCGAGCCGCUCUAGCUACAGUUCUUACGACUCCCUAUCCAGGUCCCGCUCACCAUCCCCUCCCUCUAGAACCCGUGGUGCUGGCAAAGGGAAAGCAGUGGUGACGUCGCCACCUUCUAAUCCUCCAACAAUCGCAGCUACUGCACCUCAGCGAGGUGCCAUGUUAAUGAAUCCACCUGCUCCUUCUCCUCGUCCACCUAAAGGUUCCAUUUCUCCUACAACUGGUACACUUCAUCGACGUGCUGGUCUUAAUCCACCUGCACCGAGUCCACUUUCUUCUCAUCAACGUCAUCACGAAAAAGCAAGAGAUAAAGCAGCGAUAGCAGCAGCUGCAGUAGCAAAAGUUAUUAAAAGUCGAUCAAGAUCGAGGUCAUCGCAUAGUAGUUCAGGUUCAGAAAGCAGCGGUAGCAGUAGUGAUUCUAGUGAGUCGAGUUAUUCCUCUUCUUCCAGUGAAACACGUCGUAGAAAAGGUUCCACUCCACCGGUAACACGAAAAGAUUCCAAGGGUAUUGAUGCUUUGAAGCUUAGUGGUACUAAACAGCAAAUCAAGCUUACAUUAAAGCCAACAAGCAAUACUACAGCUGUAAAAAAAGUUGAUCGAUCUGCUUUAAUGGCUGGAAAAAAAAGAGGCUUAGAAUCGCCACCAUUAAUUGACAGUAAAGCGAGUGUUGCUGCAGCUGCAGCCAAAGCUGCAAAAAAAGCAAGUUCACGACGAGAAGAAUUAUUAAAACAACUUAAAGCAGUAGAAGAUGCAAUUGCGCGUAAGCGAUCAAAAGUUUAAUAAUACAACAUAUAUUAAUUAUUUUAGAAAUAUGUAUGUAUACACAAACGCAAACACAAAUAUUUCCUACAUAUAAUUAGCUGCUAUAAAGUAGCAUGAGAUAAAAAAGAUAUUUCAUAUUAGGAUAAAAACAUUUCUAAUUUCACAAAUUUUUCUAAUCACAAUAUUAAUAUUUAACUUCUGAACUUCUUUUUUUCGCUAAUAUGUAAACACAAAUCGAACAAAUAUAAUACUAUAUUACUAUAGUUUCUUCGUUAUUGAAGAUUGAAAACUAUUCGUGUUUUGUUACGCAUGUACACAUACAUCUGUAUGUGAAUGUAAAAACUUCGAAUCAUACAUUUUCUUUAAAAAUUAAAUGAUCAUAGUAAUUUGUAGAAGUAAGAUAAAAAUAAAUAACAAAACGAUGUCUUAAAACUGCCAAAUACACGUAAAUAAAACGUGUAAUUUAUUUAUAUAUGAAAAAAAAUUCUGUUGAAAUAUACAACCAAAUAUCUACAAA